CCGCAAACAUCGUCAUGGAGUUGUAUCGCGCGAUGUCAGUGGAAUUACUUCUAACUGUCCUCCUGACACUUGUGUCGUUGUCCAGUGGUCAGUUCUCCAAGAAGUUCGAAGGUGAUUUAGAGGAGACUAUCGACAAAUACAGAUUCCAGUACCACGACGCCACGAAUGUUUUGCUGACUAUAGAGGGAGACAAGUGUUACGUAACUAACGUGGAAUCCGGGUCCUCGCUCCAAGAAACGCUAAAUGAAGUCACUCGCCGAAAAGAGUACUAUGAACAUCUAAUCCCGAUCAUAAAGAGCGGGGUCGACCUGACCAAGGCAAGUCUCACAGACAUCCACAAACAGUUCCAGGAUCAUUUACUGCGGGCCAUGUGCUUCCGGUCCAAAAUUUUCAAGCUAAACCUCGACAACCACGUCUGAUGUACACGAGCACAUGACUUCAAGUUCUAAUGUCGUCAUCACAGAGUGACACAGACUGAAUCCGGAAUCCCGCGAAGACGUAUUUUGGGCGAAUCUUUUUAUAAAACACUAAAGGCUUUUAUACCAAGUUGUUUUUAUUGUGUAAGAAAUAUGUGAUAUUUUAUUUUGUAUAUGGAAUAAAUAAUUUAUUAUUAUUAUACGUGAAAGCAUUGUUAAUUAAUUAAAUGAAGUUGAGGCUGCAUUUCUCGAGCUCUCGGUCUUAAUUCGUUUCUGCUUCCACCGAAUUCAAACAGGGCUCCGUGUUAAGAUUUAUUCACAUGCCCGGGACUACUGGUUUUGGGUGCAGGGCAAAUCAGUUGAUCUAACAACUUGUCCGACCAGACAACGUAGAAAGUUUGUUUUGUUUAACGACACCACUAGAACACACUGAUUUAUUAAUCAUCGGCUAUUGGAUGUCAAAUAUAUGGUCAUUUU